AUGGCAGCUUCGGACUCCUACGACCCUUGGUUCGACGAGAUUACCUUGCGCGUCGCGCAAGAUGCAACCGAGGGCCAGGGCCAAGUGGUGAUCAAGAGCGCUGACGGAAGCACCGUGGAUGUGGACUCUUUGGAGAUUCCCGAGGGCCUUAAGAACUUGCUGAAGGUGAUUGAUGCCGACGGUGGUGGCGUCGUGGACGAUACGAAUGUGCGAGAUGCCAUGAAGAUGUUCACCACCAUGAAGGCCAUGUUUGGCACCCACGGCCGCAUGUCACACAUCGAAGCUGAGAAGGGAUUGAGCCUUCUCAAGACGCUGGUCUCGGAGAAGGCGGCCAACUCCAAGGAGGUGAGCUACACUCACAUGCCCGAUUGCGUCCAGGAUGUGAUGAAGGAGUGGGACUUGGACCGAAGUGGCAGCGUCAGUGUGCUGGAGCUGUCCGCUGCAGCCAACGCCCACAAGAAAGUCAAGCAAGAGGGCCGCGUCAUGCGGAGGAUCAUUCUCGCCCUUUCGGGGGUGAUCCUUCUUCUCCUCACCGGCACUUUCAUCCUCUCUUACAUGGCCGUGGAUUUGGCGAAGGAAAUGCGUGGCAGCUCUGAUGGCGUCAUGAAGAACAACAACGGCGAGGUGAUCAAGACUGACAGCUCUUCGUUCGAAGUCCACGGAGAUGGCACCUUGGUGACGCGUGGUGGUGGCAAUGCAUCGUGCCCGGCCAACUCCACUUGCCGCGGUGGCGCACCGGUGCUGCAGGUGGCUCAGGCCAAACCGGGCAAGCAACUGGCGUCGACUCUUCCGGACAGCGUUUUCAAGAAUCUGGACAUGGUGACACUGUCGGACGAGCCCCAUUUCUUGCAGCUGAAGAUCAUGAGCAUGAAGCGCGUGCAGCUGCGGUCCAGUAAAUGUGGAUCCGUGGUUGAGCUUCACACCCAGGAGGGAGUUCUGACGAUCGAUGACACCGCCCUGGAAGCCGACGCGCGCCUGGCAGAUUACCUGGAACAGGCCGGGAUGCUGCACCUGCUGGGGAGCGGGGGCCUCUUCGGGCGCCGGCUCCAGCAGGGCUUCUUGGAAGGCUUCUUUACCAUGCUGGAAGACAUGGAAUGGGAGUGCACCAGUGCCCCGCUGCCCAAUCCGGAGGACCUGCCCCUGAACUACCGCGCCAAGCUGCAGGUCUUUGAGAGCGUGUCGGCAACCCAGUUGAGCGACGCCGUUGCCGGAGCUCUUUCGCAUAUCUUCCCGGGUCUUGAAAAUCCCCGGCCCGGCUUCCGAUUCGACAAGACCUCGGGCUGGCCUUACCUAACAUGGACAGAGGAUGUCUUGGUUUUCCCAAACCUCCGUGUUGCCGCCAAGAGCUUCGCCUCUCACCCCUUCCAGACGCAGCUGGACAUUACCAAAGCCGGCGCCAGGGCUUUUGUGGACCAGUACAAAGGCGUGGGCCAUCAUUGCAACCUGGGCUAUGGUCCCGUGGCGCAGUCUUUGGGCAAGCUGGUCUCCCAAGCAACCAACUUCCGGCUGGUGGGCCUAAAGCCGGAGGGUGGCCGCAUGCUCCGUCAAUGGCGCAUGGAUGUGAGUGGCUCCAUGAAUGACACCGCAAGUCAAGUCAUGACCUCGUGGAAAUAUCUCGGAAAGAUUAUCUUGGAUUACUACGAUGUCGACACGGACCCCACCGGUGUUUUUGAGCCUGGAUACCCCUACCGUAUCUCCGCAUACAAAGACCCCAUGGAGGAUACUUCAGGGAACUUCAACAUCACGGUGCAGUACCAGUCGAUUACGCCCGUGAGCGAGAUGAACCUCAGAGGUGCUUUGGAAUUCUUCAACGUCACGGAGAUCUCUUCGCCUUGUUCCUUGGACCCGCUGCAGUCUGGCACUGCCGAUGACGACCUCAAGCAGGAGAUUGAUGCACUCGGUGUCGUCUCCGUGGCCAAGGUACCGCGCAUUGAUCCUUGGGAGGAGUCGCCGGGGGUCGUGAAGUGGGUUGCGGACAAGCUCUCAACCGAGGGCUUGAAUGGACAUGCUGCGUCACAUUAUUGGAACACCAUGGCGUUCCACGCGCCUAGCCGAAAGAAGCUCGCCGACUCCUUCAAUGCAGUGAUCGUAGGUGGGGACACGAUUGUUCAGAUCGGCUGGCGGGUUGAACAUCACCUUGGAGGAAACUGUCUUGUGGGCAUUCUGUUGGCAACCCUCCAGGUGCAGUAUUCCAACAGCUCCAGCAGUUUGCCGGGCGGGUUCCUCUCCAUCAAGGCAACCGCUGUGGGAACCGUGUCGGCGCCCGACGCAGGGGCAUCAAUGAAUGACGACGUCGACCUGGAGGUCGAAAUUUCAGAAAGCUCAAGGAUUGGUGGAUUUGCGAAGAGCUGCGCCACGAAGGAGGGAACAGUCACAAUACCUCUUUCGGGGCUCGAUUUUACGAUCGUCGCGGUGGUCUGCCUUGCUGAGAAGUUCGACCACGUCCUCUUUACUAUGAUGUUCGCCUCGAAGCCGGACGAAACAGGAGCUGCAUUCACGGUAGCUACGAUAAGCAAGAAGUUGGGAGUUAUGGACGCACCACAGUCGACGCGCAAGCUCUGCGAAGAAUCGUGCUCCGAGUUCGCUGAGCCCACAGCUAGCGUCCA